AAAGGUUUUAGAAUCUUCUCCCCAUAGUGAAAGAAGCGAACGGCAGGCCAACAUGAAGCUCACGGUCAAGACGCUACAGGGCGUCGCCUUCCCCCUAGACGCAGAGCUCACGGACGCGGUUUCCGCUGUGAAGCAGAAGAUCGAGGAGCUGCAGAAGUUCCCCGUCUCCCAGCAGAAGCUCAUUCACGCGGGUAAAGUGCUCAAGGACGACAGCACGCUGGCCGAGUACAAUGUCAAGGAGAAUGACUUCCUGGUUGUGAUGGUCACCAAGCCCAAGGCGCCCAAGCCCUCGGCCGCCGCUGCCCCCGCCGCAGCACCAGCAUCUACCCCCGCCGCAGCACCAGCAUCUACCCCCGCCGCAGCACCAGCAUCUACCCCCGCCGCGGCAGCAGCGGCACCGACUCCUUCCUCUACUCCUGCCGCUACGGCUGCCCCCAGUACGUCAUCAGCCUCCAGUAGCUCUUCGGCCACUGCUCCGGCCGUGUCUACCCCGUCAGCAGCUCCAGCCACGGCUGCGGCCAGCUCGUCGUCUGGAGAAGGCAGCGGCGCUGCGGCCGAUGAACAGAUGAGCGCCACGGUGCAGCAGCUCGUGGACAUGGGCUUCCCCGAAGACCAGGUGCGCAGCGCGCUGCGUGCUGCAUUCAACAACCCGGAGCGUGCCGUGGAGUAUCUGAUGACGGGUAUCCCCGAGCAGGCCCAGGCGCCCGCACAAACGGCUGCUCCUUCGACUGGAGCUGCUGCAGGUGGCGAUGAAGCUGCCAACUCGCUGGAAGCUCUUCGUAAUCACCCGCAGUUCGACGCUCUGCGUCAGCUCGUGCAGUCAAACCCAGCGGCCUUGCCGGCAGUGCUUCAGCAGAUCGGCGCUCAGAGCCCCGAGCUAUUGCGUCUGAUCCACCAGAACCAGGACCGCUUCGUGCAGAUGCUGAACGAGCCUAUUGGUACCCGUGAGGCUGGAUCAGCGCCCAGUAGUGGAGCAGGCGCAGCACCCUUCGACCUGGGAAUGGGAGGAAAUGGAGCCAUGCCGACUCCGCAGCAGAUUCAGCAGUUGGUGGACUCGCUCACACCAGAGCAACAGGCUCAGAUGGCUGCACAAAUGGGAAUGACUCCCGAGCAGCUUCGUGGGCUUUCUCAGAUGCUUAGUAACUUGCCUCCCGGAGCGAUGGAGCAGAUGAUGGCGUCCAUGGGCGGCGGUGGCGGCCUUGAAGGACUUGGCGGAGGCGCUGGUGCUGGCGCCGGUGGCCACCGUAUCAUGCUGUCGGAGGAGGAAGCGGCGGCUGUCGACCGCCUGUGCGAGAUGGGCUUCGAGCGCACGGAUGUGAUUCAGGCCUACCUGGCGUGCGACAAGAACGAGGCGUUGGCGGCCAACUUCCUCAUGGAUAGCGGAGACAGCUUUGGCGGAGGCGCUACUGGUGGCGCAGGAGGUCAGGGCGACGACAACGAUGACAUUUACGGCUAAAUAUCAUACACGUGAGCGAGCGAGCGCCUGAUGAGGCUGGCUGGCUAAGAUACGCGUCACUCCUCUUGCUUUGUAGUUCCUAUGUCGAGCUUGUUGUGAUCAGGAUUGGUGCUCGCGUUGACACAUUGCUGGGUUACUCUCGCUGACGAAUACUGAUGGAGUUUUUGACACAUAACCUGUUGGAUUUCUGUCGUAUCGAAGUAUCCAAAGUACUGUUAGGCAGACUACACUAUUAGCAGCAUCCCAUGCAAUCUGUCUGAUCCUGCCGGUUUGUUAGCAAUAUUGCCCUUGAAGUUUGCAAAUACAGGUAUAAUAGCAUCCGGGGUGCCAAGUAAAAAUACCACACUCUUCUUCCUAGCCAAGUUUGGUUUCAGUUUGGCUCGACUUCAUCUUGUGACUUCAUCCGGCAUCUCCAGACUUCUUACAGUCGUCCUGAUCGCGUAGUAUUUCGUAGAUCA